UGCACUUACAAAAAUAACGUUGAGAAUCAUCUCUCAUCGUCCUUGUUUCUCCCGAACCCGAACCCUAACAAAUUAUCAGCCAAAAAGCCAAGCAAAGCCACUGUCAAUCUCACCGGCGUGCCACCACGCCCCCACACUGCCGGCAACGUCCGCAAGCGCCGCCGCAGAGCGCCGUCUCCGCAAAGGCCUCGCCCUCUUUCUGUCCCAGCACUGCCGUAGUCCGCCACCCACCCCAACCUGCAACCUCAUUUUCUCCUUCGUGUCUCCAUAUUCCAGAAUUUUAUGCGAAACUCAGAACUCCAAAUUAUAUAGUAUUGUGCUCAACGAAAGAAAAUCUUGAGAACUGUUCUCUAUCACUUGGAUUAACAUUUAUUUGCGUCUUUUCCUCAGAGAAGUUGAAUACUUGGGCACUUCGGCUACAAGGCAUGGAAAAAUCGCGACGAGAAAGGAGGAAGGAAGCUCGGUCGGAAAAGAAUUCGAGAAAGCACGAAUUAUGGCUCCAACGGCAGAAAGAUAAAAAACUAAAGAAGAAUUUCGAGGAUUCUAAGUCAAAAAGUAGGAAGAAAUCGAACAAUUUGCUUGUUCAGAAUGAAAAAGAGAGUCAAGUUUCUAGCCUAGAUAUUGAUUCUUGGAGAGAGCAGAGUCCGGAGCAACCUAAUAUGGUAAAUGAUGUUGAGCCUGUAUUGGAGUCCCCGAGAGAAGAUGAUUUAGGCGCAUCAACGGCAUUGAAAAGAAAAAAGAAGAGAACUGUGAAAACAAAUUUUGAGAAGUUUCUCGAGAUGGAUGAGAAGAAUGUUGCAAUGUCUGCUCAGGCGGAUUUGGAAUUGGAAAGGAAACUAGAAAAGAAACUCAAGGUGAAGAGUGGAAGACUAAGGGGAGACGAUGAUGGUAUCAAUUUACUAUUUAAAGGAGUUCCAUCUAUUCUUGAUUCAAAAUGGGAAGACGAGUUACCAGUCAAAAAAUCUGAGAUGAGGUCCACAAGUAAGAAACGUAAAACGGAAAAAUCAUUGGAUCAAGAAUUAGAAGUUGAGAUACCUUCUGAUUCAAUGGUUGAAGUAUCUGAGGCAGCAGAGAUGAAUGGUGCUGAGGAGGCAUUAGAAGAAGUUCUUGAACCGAUGUCCUCAAAGAAGAAAAAGAAGAAAAGAAACUUGUCUGAAAAUGGAAAAGAAAGCAAGGCAGCAAGUGACACAGUCAUUGAUGUGUCCAAGCCAAUAGGCGCAUCUGGAGAUGAUGUGUCAUUUAAAGAAGUUCCUAGUAAGGCACCUGAAAAAUAUGUAGCUCCUCAUUUGAGAUCUCGUGCAGGAAAUGAGCUAGAAGAGUAUUCUCAGAUUCGUAGAAGGGUACGGGGACUUUUGAAUAGGCUGUCUGAAUCAAAUGUUGAAUCAAUUACUGGAGAAAUGUCCGUUAUCUAUCGUUCCAUUCCAAGGAUUAUAGCUUCUCAGAUAAUCAGUGAGGAGGUUUUGGCUUCAUGUUCUGGAGGGCCUCGAGGCAAUGAACAGUAUGCUGCGGUUUUUGCAGCUUUUGUUGCAGGCAUGGCCUGCUCAGUUGGAGUUGACUACAGCGCGAAGCUUAUGGCUUCCCUUGCUAAGAAUUUUGAGGAUGAGUACCUCAAAGAAGACAACCUUUCCUUGCGGAACCUUACUCUGUUGCUCUCUUAUUUAUGUAUAUUUGGAGUCUGCUCAAGAAUUGAUGAAGAGCAAGCAAUAGAGGAUUCUGAAGAUGGUCCGCCGGAAUUGCUUUUUAUUCAUGGGGGUCACACAAGUAAAAUAUCCGACUUCUCGUGGAACCCAUGUGAAGAUUGGGUCAUUGCUAGUGUCGCUGAGGAUAACAUUCUUCAGAUAUGGCAGAUGGCAGAGAACAUCUACCAUGAUGAAGAUGAUUUGCCGGAGGAAUCCACAAAGGCUUCUUAA